GCUGGGCGCGGAGGCCCUCUGCCGUACAGCAUGGCGGCGCUGUGGCGGAGGCGGGAGCGUCUCCUGGGCGCGUCGGGGCUGUGCCGUACGGUGCGAGCCCUUUCAGGAAAGAAUGAGUAUGAUCUUCUGGUAAUCGGUGGAGGGUCUGGGGGCCUUGCUUGUGCAAAAGAAGCUGCUCAGUUUGGAAGGAAAGUAGCUGUUCUGGAUUAUGUGGAACCUUCUCCACAAGGAACCAAAUGGGGACUUGGUGGAACUUGUGUGAAUGUUGGCUGCAUUCCUAAAAAGCUUAUGCAUCAAGCAGCCCUUUUAGGGAGUGCCCUUAAAGAUGCCCAACACUAUGGCUGGAAUAUAGCCCAACCUGUUCAUCAUACCUGUUUCUUGUUUUGUGAUAGGUCUGUGAUGGCACAGGCUGUUCAGAAUUAUGUGAAAUCCUUGAACUGGGGACACAGAGUGCAACUACAAGACAAGAAGGUGAAAUAUUUCAACAUGAAAGGGAGUUUUUCUGAUCCGCAUACAAUCUGUGGUUUAACAAAAGCAGGUAAAGAGACUGUUGUUACUGCAGAAAAUAUUGUCAUUGCUACUGGAGGAAGACCAAAAUACCCUACACAUAUUGCAGGUGCGCUGGAGUAUGGUAUCACAAGUGAUGAUCUGUUCUGGUUAAAAGAAUCUCCUGGAAAAACGUUGGUUGUUGGAGCCAGCUAUGUUUCACUUGAGUGUGCUGGUUUUCUAACAGGCCUUGGGUUGGACAGUACAGUCAUGAUGAGAAGUAUCCCGCUUCGCGGGUUUGAUCAGCAAAUGGCAUCUUUAGUAACUGAGCACAUGGAAUCUUAUGGCACGAAGUUCUUAAAGAAAUGUUUCCCAACCAAAGUUGAAAAAUUGGAGAGCAACAGAUUGCAAGUCACCUGGAAAAAUACUGACCUGGGCACGGAAGAAACAGAUUCCUUUAACACAGUGAUGUGGGCAGUAGGCCGAGCCCCUGACACUGAAACUCUCAAUUUGGAGACAGUUGGAGUGAAAACUAAUUCUGAAACUGGAAAGAUCAUUGUUGAUGCCAGCGAAGCUACUUCUGUUCCUCACAUUUAUGCAGUUGGAGACAUAACAGAGGGCCGUCCUGAAUUAACACCCACAGCAAUAGCUGCAGGAAAACUGCUGGCUCGGCGUCUUUUUGGUGAAUCUUCAGAAUUGAUGGACUAUGACAAUGUACCUACUACAGUUUUCACUCCCUUGGAAUAUGGUUGUGUUGGACUCUCGGAAGAAGCGGCUGUGCAAUGUUAUGGAUCAGAUAAUAUUGAGGUAUACCAUGCAUAUUAUAAACCUUUAGAGUUUACGGUGGCUGAAAGAGAUGCAACUCAAUGCUAUAUGAAAAUGGUGUGCUUACGAGAGAGAGAGCAACGAAUACUUGGCCUUCAUUUCAUUGGACCAAAUGCAGGCGAAGUUAUUCAAGGAUUUGCCCUUGGAAUAAAAUGUGGUGCUACGUAUCCUCAACUGAUGAAGACAAUUGGCAUUCACCCUACCUGUGCUGAAGAAAUUACCAAGCUGCACAUUACAAAGCGUUCUGGCUUGGAUGCAACAGUCACAGGCUGCUGAGGUUAAAUAACCAUCCCUGGAAAGAAGGAAAAAAAAGCACAAAAUAUAUUUGUAAAGAAAAGGGGCACUUAGAGUUGAAACAGCUUCAGUGGUUCAGAUUCCAGGAAUCUUUCUUGUUCUCCCUGUAGACAGGUUUUUUUCACAGCCAGACAACGAAAUUGUCCUCGCACCGUCAUGAUUCUAACACCAACGCAGUCCUUUGUAACAAAUCUCUCUUUUGAAGUGCCUGUAACUCUUGCCUUGCUGGGAGCUAAGGAAUAAUCCCAGUUUUAUAUAUGUAAAUGUAACUGAAACCAGUGACAUCUGAGGCCAUCUACAAAUUAAACAGCUGACAUUUGAGUUUCUCUGUUGGUGUGACUGAAUGCCAACAGAAGCGUCUCCCGUAACAUUCAUAUAAUGGUACGAAUUGGACAGGACCUCCCGUAGAAUUCUGGUGAUGCUACCUUCUCCGGAGUGCUUGGGUAGCUCAUUGCUGAUCCUAAUCUUGAACACUGAGAGUCAGUACUCACUAGUAGAAACAAGUUCCCAGAGUGUGAAGCAAUGGAUAAGCUGUCAUCUUUGGGUUUUUUCUUUAAAAUGUAAUAUGUACAGGAAUUUAAUAGAAAAUCACUUAUCACUGAAGCUGUGCUGCUACUGGAUGAAUCCCAAGGGAUUAAUCAGUGGCAGCCUGGUCGUAACAUUAUGGUGAUGGCUGAGAAUGAAUGAGCUCAGAGGUGCUAAAGAAAGAGUUGAAUUUUAUGAUGACUUUUCUGCCUACUCUUGAAAUUUCUAAUUCAGUUCAAAUUAAGUUGACGCAUCUCACACAUUACUGCUUGAACACCAUAUAUUAAGCAAUGCUGAUGAGUAGAAUCAAAACCACGAAUAAUCCAACUCAUACAGCAUUUUCUGUUUUAUAGAAUGUGGAAAUCUGCCUGACACAGUGAUAUAUUUUGUUGGUUUGUUUUUAAGAUUUUCUCACUGAUGAGCUGGAUACUGCAUCUGAAUGGAUUUAGGUCUGGCUUUAAUAAAACACGUUGCUGAAGGGAACUAUAUUGAACAGUGAUCUAGACAAGAAAUGGUCCUGCUCAGAACAAAGAUAGAAAAUAAUUAUGUGCAAGCUUUUUUUUCGCCCCCUGAGUAUUGGCCAGAGUAAGAAAGCAUUAAUCUGUUGCAAAUUUCUGCUUAUUUUCCUGCUAUCCAGAAGGGGGAGAUGCUGACUAAUUUCUGGCAAUGAAGAAACAGAAAUCUGAUGGUGAAGCUUCUCUUGCAGAACCCUGUUACAUCGGUAGCCCGGCAAAGGCAGACACAAACCAAACUGCACUGAAUUUCAGUCCAUGUUGCAGUUGCAGCAUUUUGAUAUGUAAAGUCACAAAAUUUCUUGCACCCUUAACAGCAGUUGGGGUUGAAUAGUGCAGGUAGGAAAAGCGAUCAGCCUGAAGUGAAACAAAAUGUAUUGUUUUUGCAGUUAAUUUAUAUCAGUGCUUUUGUGUGUGGAAUUGACUAUUUUCGUAGCUGUCCUCCUGCUUGUUGCACAGUUUGGAAGAAUAGUCUGAUGGUCAUGUAUAUCUUUGCUAUUUUUUCUUUGUCUGCUAUUUCAUCGCUGCAACAUGCAGCACAGACAAAUGGUUGCUUUAUUUCAAGUGCGAAAUCUUUUUUUUUUUACUACGAGAACUGUAGUUGUCAGAGAAACUAUUAGACAAAAGGUGAUCAGGCCUUCCUGUGCUGUAAUGGCAUUUAUCACACUUUCAUUGAUACUAGAAUACUUCAUUUUCAAAGAUUUGUUCUGACUUGAACAACAACAAAAGAAAUCUUAAACGCUUUCUUUACAAAGUUUCCUGAUUUUUUUGGUCCAUGUUUCUGGUCUGUAAAAGAGGAAGGAGUUUGAUGGCAAGUGGCAUUCCUUAUCACAUCUGCUGAUGCCAUUUUUCAUAUGUGAAGUUAUCCAUAAGCUUCUAGUUUAAAAGAAAUACUUUGGGUGGAAGUUCAGGCAGUGUUUUAACUACACUUCCACUGAAACACUGCCUGAAUAUUGCAACUGCCUAUAGAAGAAAUGAUGAGAACUUUAUAUCUGUAUAUAAAUGAGUGCAUACUGGCACAUUCAGAAGUUCCUGUUUCCUUUAAUAAAGAGUAUGAUACAGCCAAAAGCCCUACUACAUUUUCCCAGCUCUUUACACGCACACAAAAAAGUUCAUAGUAAAUUAGGGGGUUUUUUUAAAUUUUUUGCUUAAGAUUUCAAAACAUUGAGAUACUGAGCAUCUCAGUCUCCAGAGAUUUUGCUGUGAGAAACAUCCCAACUCUGACUAAACUGUAAUGUGUAUGCAUGCAGGAUUAUUUUUUCCUAGUGAUCACCUAUUACAGGUCCCUUUUUCACCCGUAAAUGAAAACACUGGUGUUCAGCCACGGGAAAGUUGCUUCCGUUCUCUGUCCAGUGCAUCCAGCAGGCAGAGUUGUCUGCCCCUACAGAGAAAUGAAUGGAAAGAUGAGUUAAUUUCAUUAAUCAUAAGGUUCAAAGUAAUGAUUUGGGAUAAUAAGUAAAGAGAUCUCAAAAAAACCUGUCCUUAGUGUAUACGGGGCACGGCACUGCGGCAUGCCAUCCUCACAAGUAACAGAACUCUCUUGGGUUCAGAAUUGCUGAGUGCGCUGCAUGAAAAUCGAUGCUGUAUCUUGAACAGCAGCCUAGUUCUGUUCCUUAUUUCGUGGAAAACGUUGUUGCCCCUUGAAGUAAAACUAAACAUACAUUCACACCUACAGAACCCUCAUGUCCAAACCAACAGCAAGAUUAAAUGACAACUAUUCUGACUGUGCUUUUUUUUCCUGAAGGAUUUGCCAGGGAUGGUCCUUAAGAAUUGUUUUUAAAAGCCUGACUAACGUCAAUUGAAAUGCUGAUGUACACUGCAAAUUACUGAUUAUAUGUGAAAAUUAAAAAAAAAAAACAAAACAACAAGUAGUCAGGCUUCUUCUCCGGAUGCCAGCUGAUGAGGGCUGGUUUGUCAAACCACACCGUGGUGCAAACAAGUCUGAGCAUUGCUGGGUCCCUCAUAUGUAUGAUUCCAAUAUUUAUUGUGUUGUGAAUUAAUGAAUUAAUAAAGAUUUUUUUCU